UCCUGCUCCCCUCACAGACUCAGCUAUUUGUUAAGAGACUCUGCUUGAGGAGUUUUUGGAGACGCUUGUCGCUUGCAGCCGCCAUGGUUCAUAACAGCAGCAGCAUCUGCAGAGUUGCCCUGCUGGUACUCUUCAGCCUCCUGGUAGCCUUCGUCCAUGCAGACACUGUUUUAGACACUGCCCCAGCAACUAGGGACAACCAAGACACCGUGUCUGGAGAUGAGCCACCCAGCGACACCACCCCCAAAACCCACUACUUAACAGACCAUCCCUCCACCAUCGACUAUGAUGAUGCCACAGAAGUUUUCAACGAAGAGGAAGGGGCCAUGGGGCCAGGGGCCAUCACAGCCAUAGUUAUAGCAGUCUUCCUGGGAGCAUCUGUCCUCCUCGCUCUCAUCGUCAUCACACUCAGGAAGUUCACCGCCUCCUAGAGGAAACACAUAUGGUUUAUGUGUGUGUGUGCAUGUGUGUGUGUGUGUGUGUGUGUGUGUGUUGGUAAACCAUGACUGUUUGUGUGCCUGUGUUUCUCUGUUGCUUCUCAGUUCCAUCUUUCAACUCCAGGCUCGACCUUUGUGUAAAACGUGUCUUUUGCUUUGCUGAAAAUUGUGGCAGGCUCCUUAUCUGACUAUUUGCAGGUUUCCUAAAUACUCAAAUUGUUGUUCAACACGUCCACUUGUUGCUGAAGGAACCAUCUUAGAAACUGGCUGGCUCUUCCAGUGCAAUGCUGUAGCACAUUUGUCACUUGUGGGUUGUUGUUUUUUUUU